AAAGGAAAAAAAAAAGAAAAAAAAAACCUUUCCCAUCAGAGAAAGAGGGAGAUCUCUUUGGAAACAUGGAGCUGCUGUGCUGCGAGGUGGAUCCCAUGAGGAGAGCUCUGCCCGACCCGAACUUGCUGUACGAUGACCGCGUUUUGCACAACUUACUAACCAUAGAGGAGAGGUAUCUGCCCCAGUGCUCCUACUUCAAGUGCGUCCAGAAGGACAUCCAGCCCUUCAUGAGGAGGAUGGUGGCCACUUGGAUGCUGGAGGUCUGUGAAGAGCAGAAGUGCGAAGAAGAAGUUUUCCCUCUGGCCAUGAAUUACUUGGACAGAUUCUUAGCUGUGGUGCCCACUCGGAAGUGCCAUCUGCAGCUGCUGGGGGCAGUGUGCAUGUUCCUGGCCUCCAAGCUGAAAGAGACAAUCCCCCUCACAGCCGAGAAGCUGUGCAUAUACACGGACAAUUCCAUCAAACCCCAAGAGCUGCUGGAAUGGGAGCUGGUGGUGCUAGGGAAGUUGAAGUGGAACCUUGCAGCCGUCACCCCUCACGAUUUCAUCGAACACAUCCUAAGGAAGGUGCCUCUCCCUAAAGACAAGUUGCUUUUGAUCCGGAAGCAUGCGCAGACCUUCAUUGCCCUUUGUGCAACAGAUUUUAACUUUGCCAUGUACCCACCAUCAAUGAUAGCAACUGGAAGUGUGGGAGCAGCCAUCUGUGGCCUUCAGCUCGAUGAUGGGGACAGCCUCACGGACCUCCUGGCCAAGAUCACAAACACAGAUGUGGACUGCCUUAAAGCUUGUCAGGAACAGAUUGAGGCGGUGCUAGUAAACAGCCUUCGGCAAGUCCGGCAGCAGCAGCAGCAAAGCAAUCCUUCCAAGACGGUGGAUGAACUGGACCAGGCCAGCACUCCCACAGAUGUGAGGGAUAUCAACCUGUGAGGACAUCACCACACAAAGUCACGCUUGCUCCUCCCAGCCCAGUUUAUUUUUGUUAUUAUUUUUAGAGUGAAUUUUUUUUUUAAUCUGCUCCCACAUAGAGCAUAUUUAAACCUCUUUUAGGCAAAAAAAAAAAAAAAACAAAACAAAGAAACAGCAAAAAAAAAAAGACAAAACAAAAACUGAAUAAUGAAAAAAAAGCAUUUGGUGCCUGUGAUGUUUUACAGAAGGGAAUCCCACAAUAUAUUUGGUAAUUGCUAUUUGAUUAUGUAUCAGUGAUAUUAAAUGCUUAUAAAAGCAUACAAAGUAGCUAGAUCAAUGUAAGCCUGCAUUUGUGGGAACAAAGUAGAGUAUACUUGUCUGUGUAUUAUGACCUAGUGCAUACACCCCUUUUUUAGAUUUAAGAAAGGAAUCGUGUGUGCGAUUUUAUGGCUUGACUAGAUUGCAAAGCAAUAGAAUAAGGGGUUUAGGGCAAAGUGGGAAAAGAUCCCCGAAGCAAUUGAACCAUUUUGAAUGCAGAAGAGAUUUGCUGAUCUGUCACCUCUGUUAUUAGUCAGAAGUGUUUGUUGGAUCUCUGUAUGUUAGUUUUGUUUACUCUUGCUGUCUGUGGUAGCUGCUACCUAAGAAAGAAGAUGCUUUAUUUUACCAGCCAGAAGAGCAGGUGUUUUUUGGUUUUUAUUUUCAGUUGAUUUAUUUUUUCUUUUUUUCUUUUUUUCUCAACUUCCCCUCUCCCCUCUUGACUUUUUUCUACUUUUCCUUCAGAAAUGGUUCAUUCUAAACACAGCAGCAUCUUUGGCAUAAGGGCAAUUCCGUUUACCCAGCUGUGGGCCAAGCCAAAGUUAUCGAGUAUCGAUGUUCAGUGGGGGAAAUGCAUGCAUUAAUCCCAAGUGGUUGGCUCUAAUUAGACCACCUCCAACCUUUGGAUUGCAAGAUGUGGUGGAUCACCUAUGAAAAGCAUUAUAUUCCUUUCCAGUGCUAAUGCUUCACGUCAAUGUUAACUUCUGGCAGCUUCUUAGCUUGGCCAUAAAGACAUUUAAAUGAUGCUCUGUCCAUCUUCCUUUUUGACAUAAACCUCACUGUGUUAAAGAAGAUGAGAUUUGGUUCGAUCCCUCGUCUACCUUCCCAUCUUCCCCCACCACCCCUGCACACUUUUUCAGCAUUUCAUUAACUUUAUUGAUCCACAGUGAGCGUUUUUUGUAAACCAUUUCAUUCGAAAAGCACUUUGAAAAUUGUUCCUAAGGGAUUAAAUGAGAUGGUUUAUGACAAUUUUGCCGAGGAGGAAAAAAAAAAAACAGAAAAAAAAAAGAAAAAAAGGAAAAAAAAGAGAAAGAAGUCACAAAAACAAGGCC